GAGAGAUCAAUACUUAAAUUUAUCAUGGUCGGAAAGCAAGAGAUCCUUCUUGUUACAACUUGGUCUUCUCUUUUGAAGCAAGGAAUAAACCAACACCCCCUUUAUAACAUGAAUGGGGAAGCAAGAAGAAGGAUCACUCCUCACUCAUUACCUCAACCUUCUAACCCAAAUCCUUCUCUGCAUCCACCAAGAAUGGCUUUAGCUCUUGUUUCCGGUGUCUUACAACAAUUGGCCACCAUCAUCCAAAAGGAGAUUGAUCAAGAAGUACGACUGGUCAUCGGUGUCGAAAAUGAAAUCGACGAGCUCUCCACUACCUUUGCAACAAUCCGGGCUGUGCUUAAGGAUGCUGAAGAGAGAGGCAAUUCAAGGAUGAAUCAGUGGGGCUUUGGUUGCAAAAUCUGAAAGAUGUAGCCUAUGAUAUUGAUGAUGUGUUGGAUGAGUGGAGCACUGAAAUUCUCAAAUCACAAAUAGAUGGUGCUCGUGUCAGUCCAUUUAAGAAGGUAUGCCUCUUUUGCAACUUCUUUUCUCCUUGCUGCAAUUGUUUCAAACAAAUUGGUUUGCGCCAUGACAUUGGUCAUAAGAUAAAAGAGAUAAAAGAAAGAGUGGAUAAGAUUGCAACUGAGAAAAAGAAGUUCGGUUUUAUUGAAACUGGCAGUAGAAAUGAAAAUAUAGAUCAUGAGAGGUCAAGGAGGAGACUAGAAACUAGCUCCUUCGUUGAUGUCAAUGAGGUAUUUGGUCGUGAUAUGGAAAGAGAAACCAUAAUAAGCAAGUUGCUAAGCGAGGGCAGUAAACAAGUAGAGGUGGUUUCUGGAGUUCCCAUCAUCUCUAUUGUGGGUAUGGGAGGUAUGGGCAAAACUACACUUGCCCAACUUGUGUUCAAUGAUGAUAGGGUGAAGAACCAUUUUAAUAAGAGAAUGUGGAUAUAUGUUUCUCAAUCUUUUGAUAAGGUGAAGGUUGCCAUGCAUAUUAUUAGAGAAAUUGGUGGAAACAUUAAUGUCACCCAAGGUUGUGAGAUCGCAUGGGAAGAUGUGCAUCGUCAAUUGACUAGUGCUGUUGAUGAAAAACAUUUCCUACUCGUCCUAGACGAUGUAUGGAAUGAAGAUCAUAUGCAAUGGGAUCCAUUGAAGUUUUCUCUCAAAUAUGGUUCUCAUGGAAGUAGAAUAAUUGUGACAACACGCAACGAGAGGGUUGCAGAAAUGAUGGGCAUGACAUAUGUCCAUAGAUUAGGAAUAAUGUCUGAUCAAGCAUGUUGGUCAUUGUUGAGACAUUAUGCCUUUGUUGGAAGGCAAGAAGAAGCAUGCGAGAAAUUGAAAGAAAUUGGCAUAGAGCUUGCAAAGAAGUGUAACGGAUUGCCUCUUUCGGUAAAGACUUUAGGGAGUCUUUUGUGCUUCAAAGAGUCGAAACAGGAUUGGCAAAAUGUGUUGGAAAAUGAUUUAUGGAAGAUUAUAUCAACAGUUGAUAAACCAGUCUUGCCAGCUCUGUUACUCAGCUAUAAUGAUUUGCCUUCUCAUUUAAAACAAUGUUUUACACUUUGUUCUCUCACCCCGAAAGGUUACAGCUUUAACAAAAUAGUCACAAUUACAAGAUGGAUGUCACAAGGCUUUCUUAGCAACAACUUGGCAACAAGCGGUGAAGAUUUGAUGAGAGUAGGUGAUGAGUACUUUAAUAAUUUGGUCAUGCGCUCAUUUUUUCAAAAAGACUUCAUAAGUGUAAGAGGAAUCAGAGGGCAAUUUUACCAAAUGCAUGAUGUUGUCCAUGAUUUUGCAAAAUCUCUAGUAAAGAACGAAUGCUUUACUUUGAUGGUCAAAGAUACUAAUGCUCAGGAAUUUAACUUUAGCAAAGCCCGUCAUUUAUUUCUGUUAAUAGAAGAGACACAAAUGGUUCCUUCUUUCAUUUACAAGGCAAAGAAACUGUCCACUCUUAUAAUCCGUGCACAGAUUCCUUCAGUUUCUUUUGAGUUAUUUCGUCACUUAACAUGUCUGAGGACAUUAGAUCUGAGUAAGACUAACAUUGAAGAGCUUCCAAAUGAGAUAGAAAAGUUGAUACAUCUGAAGUAUCUUUCCUUGAUCCAUGCAAGGUUUAGAGAAUUACCUAAAACAGUGACUAGUUUGUACAAUUUGCAAGUAUUACACCUUAGCGAAUGUAGUAAUCUUUGUAAAUUACCUGAAGGGAUUGGGAGAUUGGUCAAUUUGAUACAUCUUGAUCUGACAGAAAGUCGCCAACUAAGUUACUUACCGGAAGGAAUUGGGAGAUUAAGCAAAUUGUGUGAUUUGUCAGACUUCAUUAUUGGUGAAGUGGAAAGAGGAGGAUGUAAGAUUGGAGAAUUGAAAGAUCUCAACUUGCUCAAAGGUUCACUAGGGAUAAUAGGUUUGGGGAGAGUGGAAAAUGGAAAUGAGGCUAAGAUGGCAUGCUUGAAGAAUAAGAAAUACCUUCGUGCUUUAUAUUUCUAUUUUAAUCAAUAUACAGGUGUUUCACAAGUUGAUGAGAAUGUCGAUGAUGAAGAAGAUGAAAACAAUGAAAAAGAAGAAGAAGUAGAAGAUGGGGAAGGUAAAAUAGAAGAAGUUGUCGAUGGAGACGGUAAAAUAGAAGAAGAAGAAGUUGUUGAUGGAGAAGGGAAAACAAAAGAAGUUGAUGAAGAAAAUUAUUUUUCAAGGAGGAUGGAAGAUGUGCUGGAAAGUCUCCAACCACAUCCGAACCUUGAGAAGCUAGCAAUUAAAGAUUACCCUGGUGAUGUGUUCCCAAAUUGGAUGAGUAGUCACACGGACUUCAUGACUUUUUCCAAUCUGAUUUUCUUGGAAUUCUCUAGGUGCAGAAAGUGUAAGCAAUUGCCUCCAACUAUAGGGAAACUACCAUCCCUUGAAACCCUUGUAAUAGGUGGAAUGGAUAAGGUAAAAUUCAUGGGUGUUGAGUUUUUUGGAAUCGAUGGUGCUACAACAACAAAUGACGAUGGUGGGAUUAAUACAAUAUUAUUCCCAAAGUUGAAGGUAUUUUUGUUGAAUGGGAUGAGGAAUUUGGAAGAGUGGAAUGUGAGAGUACAAAAGGAAGAAGAUGGGAAACAAUUCAUCUUUAUGCCGUGUCUCUAGUAUCUUGUUCUUCUUGAUUUGCCCAAGUUAAGGUCGUUUUCACAGCACCUUACCGAGGCUACAUCCCUGAGGAAAUUGUUCAUAUGGGACUGUCCAAAGUUGAAUUGGAUGCGAUCAUCUCCAUCCUCCCAUCUUCCUUUUCUACACGUUGAGGAGUUGAUUUUAAAAGAGGAUGCAGGUUCAUUUUCAAAGUCAUUGGUAUCAAACAACCACUUGUUUCUGCCUAAGCUGAAGUUGCUACGUGUGAGACAAUCACCUUACUCGUUGUUACCCCAAGGCUUAAAGCAACUCACAUCACUUGAGAUUCUGGAUAUCCGAACAUGUUCUAAGAUCAAGUCAAUACCUAAAGAGGAGUUGCAGCAUCUCACUUCACUCCAAGAGUUGACGAUCAUGAGGUGUCCUGCCUUGAGACGUUGCCAAAAGGAAACAGGGGAAGAUUGGAGCAAGAUAUCCCACAUCCCAAAAAUCUUCAUCGAUGGCGAGAAGAUCAAAUGAAGAGCAACUUCCACAACAAUCAGAGAGUGAACAAACGAGAAGCGGACGGGAGACAGACACAUCACAUUCUUAAAAGAUCAUAUCAGAGCCUACUCUGCAAGUCAAGGUCUUGCCAUUUUUAUUCUAAGAAUCUGUUGCAGGGCAUCAGUUUUAUCAAAGCAUAUGGUGUGCUGCUCAAGGAACGCAUUUCAGAGGAGUUGCCCUGCAAGGAUUGCCUAACUUUAUUUUAAUCAUCAAAUAACAGAAAAUCAAUAAUUUUCUUAGGAAAAUUCAAAGCUGCAGAUUCUCUAAAUCACUUCUGAUUAUACAUGAAGAACUGUAUUGAUUGCUGGCUCUUGCAAGGAGUGCUGCAAAGGAUGUGAUGAGUUGGUUGCAAAACUUUGGGUAUACCACAAUACUGUACAGAAUUAAGGCAGAUAAGCAGCAUUAUCAAAAGUAUGGGGUUAGAUCUUUAAAGGGGAACCAUCUGCAACCACUUAGAAGCUGGGGUUAUUGAGUCUGCAAUGAGCAAGGUGAAGAUUUUUCGGGCAACAUGAUCAAGGUCGUCAAAGAUGAACAUGAAAAUGAAGAGAAUGUGGUUCCUGGUGGUGGUGCAGUUGAAGCUGCUUUGUCUCUGCAUUUGGAGUGUCUUGAAACAACUAUAGGUUCUUGAGAACAGUUUGCAACUGCAGAGUUCUCUGAAUCACUUCUGAUUAUACCAAAGUGAAUGCUGCAAAGGAUGCAAUUGGUUGGUUUCAAAAUUUUGGGCAUACCACCAUACUGCAUAAAGACUAAGGCAGAUUAGCAGCAUUAUCAAGUAUGGAGUUAGAACUGUCCAGGAGAACUACCUACAACAACUUCGAAUCUGGGGUUAUCGAGCCUGCAAUGAGCAAAGUGAAGAUUUUAGAGAAAUGUUGGGAUCCGAUUCCUCUACUACGCAAUAGAGGCGGGAGCUCAAAUCCAAUGCCUUGGAGCAUCCUGAAACGAAACCCAACACAUAAGGGCAAUACAGGUAGUUGCUGGUGGCUGGGCAUUUUAGAGGCUGCUUGGUCUGUGUACUCGGGAGUGUCUUGCCACAACAAUUUGCAGCUGCAGAGUUCUCUGAACCACUUCUGAUUAUUCCAAAGGUCUUCACUCUUCGGUGAACACUGCGAAGGAUGCAACUGAGUUGGUUGCAAAACUUUGGGUAUUCUUGCUUUCUCAAUUUAUUUCCUAUUCCAUUGUCUCAACUCUGUUUAGACCAGUUGCUUAAGACAGAGGGUGGAUUUUGUCCUGGGAAGUUGAUCAUCGAUGCCUCAGUAUGGUGAGUGUGCGAUGUUCCAUACUUCCUAUCAUGCUUGAUUGUCCACUUUGUGUUUCAUAUAUUUGUUGGGAUCAAUGGGACUUGGCUUCCAUCUGCCCUCUAAAAUACUGUAGCUUUGAGUUACACAUACUUGUGACUAUAAUUGACAGUAGCCACAUGAAAAGAAAAGCAUGAAAUUUUACCUCAAGUAGGACAAUGGUUGGAAGGGAAAUGAUUUUAGCACAAAACUAUAAUGGAAACUUUGAUUCUGUAACUCACUCCAAAAUAUUCCAAAUCUGGUUUUUGAAAGUUUUACUUUACUUUCCAACCAAAUCCCUUGGAUUUGAAAAGGAAAAUAAAUUUUAAUUUGAAAAGUAUAAUUACUUCCCUCCCUACAUGUGGAUAGUAAGAUGUAAGUUCUACCAAUCACUAAAACAACAACCAAAGCCUAUCCCAACUUAAUGGGGUCGGCUAUGUUCUACCCAAUCACUCUUCCGGUAUUAUUGAUUGCUUUGAUCUCUUUAAUUUUUCACCCUACAUUUUUAUAUUGCAGUAUAGUGUUAGACCUUUCCAGGGGAACCAUCCACAAGAACUUAGAAGCAGGGGUUAUCGAGCCGGCGGUGAGCAAAGGAAGAUUUUACAGGUAUUCCAGUUCGCUACCAAAACUUCUGUGACAAAUUUGCGUACAAACAACAUGAUCAAGGUUGUCAAAGAUGGACGUGGAAAUGCAUUGGUAACCUGGACUCUCUCGUUCUUCCAGUUUCCUUCGAUUCUGUAAAUUAGUCAUCUGGACUCGUCAGUCUCAGGAAGGGAUUCAGAUAGAAACAAUUCAACAACCUUUCCCUUCACCCACACACAACUGGUGAAAUUUGGCCUUUGAUUGAAAAAGAGAAGUCAACUCAUCAAUUGCUAAAAGGAGCAGGACCGUACAUCCCUUGGAUUCUACAACAGCAAUGGUGGUAUUGUAAAGCCUUCUUAGAUAGCUUGACAUGGACUGUGACACUGUUUCCGCGAGGCUAAUUUUGUUAUAGACAAGUUAGCAAAGCAUUCCGCUGCAACCAGGUCCACUACGAUCUGGGACACACCUCCUCCAUUUAUUUUUCAAGAACUGACAUGGGAUGUUCAACAGAGACCUAG